CACAUUUCUGGUCAUACCCAGAUCCCUAACACAUGCCUUGGCGUCAGUUGUUAUGUUCCUACAUCAGUUGAAAUAAUAAAUGCCAGUAUCAGUAGUCGGAAUGCAGGGGCAGACUGACAACUCAUGGGGCCCCCAGGCAAUAGGGGAUCAUGGGGCCCCUGUGUCCUUGCCCAAACUCAAAAAAUGCUAUGAAAAAGGUACCAGGGGCAUCUCAUGGGGCCCCCUACUGACCCCGGGCCCUCGGGCAGUGCCUGAGUUUCCAAAUGGUCAGUCCGCCCCUGGU